CGUCGGUGAGCGACGGACGGUGUCGCAGUGACCGCGACGUGAAUCAGAGUGCGGGUGCCGGCAGUGAAUGGCCGAGCGUUCAGCGUUUUGGUGCUAGUCGCCUGUGCGGCGUCGUGGUCUCCAGAGUUUCGGUGUAGCGGCAGUGUCUGCCGGCCGGCCAGCGUCGGUUGAACGGUGCUGUUCUCCCAGCGAGAGGAGCGCUGCUCGGUCUGGGUGGUUUUGAGUGAGAGGGUGCCCGACCUAAAGCUGCAGCGCUCCUUUUCUUCAGCAGCCAUAGGAACUGUGAGGAGGGUCGGAGCCGAGAGGAAACAGCAUCACAGACUCGUCGCGGUGAUACACCGGAAGAACGACGGCGCCAUGUCAGCCGCUCGAGGAUCGCGGAGCGGGGUCUGUCUGCUCGUCUGUCUACUGGGCUGUGUGCUGCUCCACACGGCCAGUGGACACGGACGGCUGUACGAGCCGCCCGGACGAUCCACCGCCUGGAGGUACGGCUUCUCACUGCCUCGGAACGACAACGACCACGAGUUGAACUGCGGUGGCUUCAGUCGCCAGUGGGUGCAGAACAGCGGCCGAUGCGGUAUCUGUGGCGACGCCUGGGACCUGACACAGCCCCGACCGAACGAGGCUGGCGGGAUGUACGGCCGCGGUGAGAUCGUGCGCACAUACGCCGCCGGCUCAUCAAUCCCCGUAGGCGUCGAGCUCACUGCCAACCACAAGGGCUACUUCGAGAUGCGCGUCUGCCCGGUGAACAGCAACGCUCGUCCGGCCACUCAGCGCUGCCUGGACCGCUACAAGCUGCAGCUCUCGGACGGCGGCGGCGUGCGCUACUACCCGCAGCCGGCCUGGAACGGCAAGAUCCAGCUGCGCUACCGGCUGCCCGCCGACCUCACCUGCCGUCAGUGCGUGUUCCAGUGGCGCUACGUGGCCGGCAACAACUGGGGCACCUGCGGGAACGGCACCGAGGGCAUCGGCUGCGGCCCGCAGGAGGAAUUCCGAGCCUGUGCCGAUGUCAGGAUCGUCGACGAGGCCGGCGAGUUUGACGAGACGCGCUACGACUGGGCGGACGGUGAGCUGGGCGGCACGGUGCCGCCCUCAGACGAACGGCAGGCGCUCGUGGCGGAGACCAUCGCCGCAGUGGUCCUCGGAGUGCUCGGCGCGCUCGCCUUCUUUGUCGGUGUCUGCUGCUGGGCGCUGGCGCGGCGCCGCGGCACGCGCAACAACAAGAAGAAGCGCGGCGUGACGUUCGGUCGCCAGAUCUUCCUCAUCUCCAACCCGACGCUGACGCGCAACGGGAAGCUGUCCAAGCCGACGGCGGCCGUGUCGCCGUCCGGGCCGGUGGGCGCACCGGGCGACACCAGCGCCAUCUUGGAGGUGUCGUCCAGUGACGGCAGCACGGGCUCGCGCGGAGGCGGCGCACCGCCACCGCAGUUCGCCGCCGACGACCAGUCACCCGAGCCGCCGGUGGCGCCGCGCAGGAAGCGGACUGCCCGGUCUCCGGCCGGAGAGAAACAGACGCAGGAGUCGGCCCAGGAGCUGGAUCAGGAUCCGCGGCGGGCGGGAGCGCACCUGCACAUCAGCCGGCCCACCCAGGUGACCGUUAACGGCGUCUCCGUGGUGCCCGACCCGAUGCCCGAUGUUGUAACGCACUGAACUCUGGUGGUGGAGAGAAGAGGCUCAAGUUCUGUCAGCGUGCACGAGACGGUGUUGAGGUCGGUUUUCGUAGGUUCAGUUGAAGGUCCCGUCCAGUCGUCAACGGUCUCGGUGAUGUAGCUAGGGCGGACGCAGAUGAAACUCACAUGCAAAAUGUAAAGCGGCGGAACAGUUGACUACGUUUGUGCGUGUGAAAAGCCCGGAUAGGGCGCGGGGAGUGGCAUCUCUCAGGGAUAGCAUGAGAAGGGUUGAAUAUGUUUGUAUUUGUGGUGGGCAAGUAGGUACAACGUUUGCGCGCUGCACCUACACACAGUAAGCAAUAAGCAUCAGUAUUCUAUCCAGUGGGACCCAUAUUCUACGUCUGUAAACACAGAAAAUUCGAAAAGUUGCGUGUUAAAAGUUAAUUUUCUACAAUACCAGCGCUCAAACAACGCCUCGUUUUCGCAGUGUUUUGCACCCCACGACCUUGCACUUUGUGACGGUCCAUGACAUGUUUGUCACAUGACAUGCUUAACUGUUUUUAUGAUAGGGAUUGCAACAUGUAAACGAGUUACGAACACGGACUCAGAACGAACUUACCUUACCAUGACCUAGCUAAAUGUCAUUCAUUUAAGAGCUACAGUUACCUACCUAUCAAGCGUUUAAGCUUGACAACAUAUCAACCAAUCCUGCCAUUUUUCAGUGACUGUUUCACUGGGGGUCGUCUUUAGAAUGCUAUGUCUCCGAUAUUAUUCCAUGUUUUCUCCUCCGUUAUUUCUCGUCUAGGUCAGCUGCGUGCCUGGGAUAUCAAUUAACGCGAGCGAUUGAGUGCAUUGGCUGAAUAAGUCGGGUGCACUGCGUAUGAAUGCUUUUGGCGGCCACUGGAAGAUGGUACCGCACUCAUAUUGUACUGAGUAUUGGGUCUAUGGCUGUCAGAAUGAGCCGUUGUCGAUUGCUGCAACAAAAGAAUUGAACGUGAGGUAUGUUUGCGUAUCUACUGUCUACGGUCCAUGUGUGUGUGUUUUUUUUUUUUUUUGC